AACUACCUGACACCAAAAAGUAAACAGACUUGUUUUGAUCUGUCAAAACAUCAUGCGACUGCUGUAGCUAGCUGUAUAGCCAUUCCACAAAAGGAAUUGGUGUCCUUGUGACCAAACUCUUAAUAUAAAACGGUUUGUAUUUGAUGAUCACGACGAUAUUUUCGAGCAGUCGUUGUGUUUCAGUUUCUUAAGCGUCUAGCUUGCUGUUUUUAUAGUGCGUUACAGCAGCUAGCAGACUAACCAGCCGAUAGCUUACUAGCUUAUGCUCUUCGCCUUUAAAACUAACUUAACAUUAGCGGACAGCGCAGUGGCAGCUAGCAGUUCGUCGAAGUAACGUCCGUUACAAACAACUGACGUUAUACUUUUAUAUCUUUGUAAUAGCUUUGUAGAUUAAGUUAUGUCGUAAAUUGCGUGUAGUAUUUAUAUAUAGCUAGUAUGUAGCGUUACGUUACAAAGUGACAUUUCAAGCAACCGUAACCACCCUUCUUUAGCCGCUAGCUGCCCAGCCAAUUCCUACUUUUCCUGUAUAGUUCUCUACAUGCCAACAGCAGAGUGUGGCUUAUAUUAAUAACAACAAUGUGAAGGAAUACUUAGAGUGGUGUUAGUACUAGCUAGACAGAUAAGAAGGUUUGACACCUUAUAUUAGAAAAAGUGAUGAAGCCUGAACAUCAAUACCCUGCCAUGGCCGAGGAAGGAAAGCGGAGUCCUGGCCGCCUGAGCCGACAGACCUACAAAAGUUCAGCCCAUUUCUGCAGCCUGCUGGACGGCCUGCUGGCUCUCAGAGAGAGUGGCAUCCUCUUUGAUGUGGAGCUGCUGGUGGAGGGUCGAGCCAUCAAAGCCCACCGUAUACUUCUGGCAGCCUCUUGCGAUUAUUUUAGGGGAAUGUUUGCUGGAGGCCUUCGUGAGACACAGCAAAAGGAGAUCCCAAUUCAUGGAGUAUCUUACAUGGCCAUGAAAAAAAUACUCGACUACAUCUACACUUCAGAGAUCGAGUUAGACCUAGAGUGUGUGCAGGAAGUCCUGAUAGCCGCCACUCUAGUACAGCUUGAGAUUGUCAUCGGCUUUUGCUGCGAUUUCCUUUUCUCCUGGCUGGACGAGAGCAACAUUUUAGAGGUCCACAAUUUAGCUGAUCUCUACGGACUGCAACAACUUAAUGCCAAGAUCCACUCCUACAUCCUCAGGAACAUUCAGACUUUGUCUCGCACCGAUGUGUAUCGAGAACUCCCCCAAGAUGAAGUCUUCAGCGCGCUGAGCAGUGACGCGCUUCAGGUGAACAGUGAGAACGAGGUGUACGAGGCGGCUCUUCACUACCACUUCAGUCCGUUGCAGGUGGAAACUGACCAGGUGUACUUGCAGGACAAUCUCAAGAUGCUCGAUGCUGUGCGUUUCUGCCUAAUUGAGAAGCAAGUGUUGCAGAGGCUGCAUGGCAGACUGCACCAGUGUCCACUGAAGGAUUGUGUGUCAGCCGCACUGCGAUACCAUGAGCAGGAGAUCUGGCAGCCCGUCCGGCAGAGUCCUCUCACCCAGCCACGCUCCACUUUCCACUGCAUAUUGGGCUUCGGGGGGAUGUUCACCUCCAGCUCCCUCACAGAAAGCGAGCAUUUGUUUCAGGUGUUCCACCCCAGCUGGGGGGAGUGGAGGACUCUCACUGCAGCUCACGCCCCCCGAAUGUCCAACCAGGGCAUCGCUGUGCUCAACAACUUUGUGUAUCUGAUUGGAGGAGACAAGAACACCAGUGGAUUCCGUGCAGAGACACGCUGCUGGAGAUACGACCCUCGUCACAACAGCUGGUGCUCCAUCCAGCCUCUGCAGCAGCAGCGGGCUGACCACUGUGUUUGUGUGAUGGGCGGCCAUAUUUAUGCCAUUGGAGGACGGGACUACAGCAAUGAACUGGAAUCAGUGGAGCGCUAUGACCCACACUCCAACAUGUGGGAAUGGGUAUCACCCCUAAAGAGAGAGAUUUACGCCCACGCUGGAGCAGUGUUGGGUGACAAAAUGUACAUAACAUGCGGGCGUAGAGGAAUGGCGUACCUCAGAGAGACCUACUGCUUUGACCCCGUGGCCAAUCACUGGACAGGAUGUGCUGAGGGGCCGGUGGAGCGAGCGUGGCAUGGCGCGGCUGCGGUUAAUGGACGCAUUUAUGUUAUUGGCGGAAGCAACGAUGAGCGUGGAUAUCGACGUGAUGUCCUGAAGGUGGCAUGCUUUAAUCCCGAAGCCAGCUCUUGGUCUCUACUGACCCCCCUCCCCGCAGGACAUGGAGAACCCGGCAUAGCUGUGCUGGACAGUCGCAUCUACGUCCUGGGAGGACGCUCUCACGACAAAGGCAACAGGAUGAAAUACGUUCACGUGUUGAACACCGACGCAGACGAGUGGGAGGACGAGACGGAGUUUAAGGAGCGCGUCUCUGGCCUGGCGGCCUGCGUGGCGCUCAUGCCCCCUGCUGUGAUCGCACAGGCCAGGAGCUGGGAGCAGCGCACCAAGGCUUCAUGGGAGGAGGUGGACUUGGACAACUCGGGGGACUCCAGUGAGGAUUGAAGCAGCUGUUGUGAACUGAAUGUCUGAGCACUGGAGACGCCCACUGGAGUACCUGGAGGUUAUUUUUUUAUUUUUUGCAGCAUCGCUUCCACGUUGCACGUUGACCACUUUGAGUGCCUCGGAACCAAAGUGUCAUUCGGGACCUUUGCACACUUUUUGUUACUUUUCAAAUAUCGUCUUAGAUAAUCAUACUCCGCCCAUGAGUCUCUGCUAAAAUGUUACUGUUUGUCGCCGAUCCCUUAGAGUAGGGCUGGGCGAUAUGGAGAAAAUCAAAUAUCACGAUAUUUUUGACCAAACACCUCGAUGUCGAUAUUGCAACGAUAUUGUAAGGUUGACAAUUGCUGCUUUCACAAAACAUCUUCCACGUUUAGAUUUUAGAUAAAUAACCAUCAUAAUGUGGACAUAAUGACUAAAGGCAAAUAAUAGAACAGCUAGAACAGUCUGGUAAGUUCAGAAAAUGACACCACUUUACUGUAAUGCAGCCUUUGAAACCAAGAAAAGACUACACUUACCAUGUAACGAUAUUACAAUUCUUCAAAAUCUAAGACGAUAUCUAGUCUCAUAUCACGAUAUCGAUAUAAUAUUGAAAUAUUGCCCAGCCCUACCUUAGAGUCAUUAUUACCUGUCACGUAGCUGCCUCUGCAUUGUUUAUCAUAGAGAGAAUUUCUUCCAUAUCUUCAAGUGAAAAGCAGUGAAGAACUACUGGCUAUGCAAUAACAUGAUAAUAUGGAGUGCUCUCAGCAGACUUCAGUUCCUAUCUCUCCACUCCAGCAGCUACUGGUUAUUGCCAGGAACUCCAAUGAAGUUAUCUUCCCUUCCAAACUACUGAGUAAUCAUUAAGUUGUUCAGUUUUAACAUUGUGCCUUGUUUUUUGAGAUUACAUCCUGAACUUUUGUUGUGAAGUGUAUUUUUUACAUUUCAGUGUAUUCUGUGGGUGGAGACGAGCCCUGGGUCUUGUGCCUCGUUCGGAUGUCACAAUUUGUUGAAUUUCUUUUUUUUUUUUUUUUUUUUAAUUGAUUUGUGUUUGUACGUGAAUGAUGAGACGCUGGUGCAGCAGGUUGUAGUACAUAAUGUUGCCAUGUCUUUGAAGGAUUUCUUGACUUUUGUGUAAUGAAAAACCAAACCAUGGUAGUAUAUUUUGUUGUGUCCUAUCAUUGAUCUUUACUGUAUAUGUUAUUUCGUUACUGAAACCAAAGAGCACAAUGUUGAGUAGUUUUAGAAUAUUUCUAUUUGUCGAGUCGAGCUUUGUUCCAUGCUUUAGCUUGUUGCCGCUGUUUAAUAGACGCAUUCAAGAAGCUUAAUGACACCCGCUCCACUGUGUAUCCUUUUCCUUUUCGUCAUUGGAAGAAAGAAAAAAACAACUCCAGGAACAAGACUGUUUGAAAAUGUACUUUUCUUUUUCCUAUAACGAGAGUUAACGUCUUAAGAAAAAAAAACAAAUGCAAUGUAUUCACACCAACUUUCAGACAAGAUAUGCAAACUUUAAUAAAGAUAGUAAAAUAUGG